CUGAACCAAGCCUCAACCAUCAAUAAACCCUUUUUCCUUCCUCACGCUCAAGACCUUAGCUUGACGGACCCAUAUCUCUCUCCGACUUCUGUUAUGUCCACCGCUGAAGCCACCGAGAACGGCGCCACCACAGCGUCGGAGUCCCAGCCGGCUGUUGUCGCUUCGGACAAUGCCUCCGCCGCCGAACUAGCUUCCGCCACCACCACUAAGGCUGCUGCUGAUGCGACCCCCGCCCAGGGCAACCCAUCGAGCGACGAGCCCGACUCCGAGCUUCCUAAGGCAGACGAAGCUUCAGCCGAUCAGACCGCUGCUACCACCACUAACACUGCCGCUGCCACUCCGCCCGAGAAGCGAUGGCCGGGUUGGCCAGGGGAUUGCGUGUUUCGGCUCAUUGUGCCGGUCCUCAAGGUUGGUAGUAUUAUCGGUCGGAAGGGUGAGCUCAUUAAGAAGAUGUGCGAGGAGACUCGAGCGCGCAUUCGCGUUCUUGAUGGUGCCGUGGGCACUCCGGAUCGAAUUGUACUUAUAUCAGGGAAGGAAGAGCCAGAGGCACCUGUUUCCCCUGCAAUGGAUGCUGCAAUAAGGGUAUUUAAGCGUGUCUAUGGAUUGUCUGAAGGUGAUGGUGAGAAUAAAGCAUCAGGACCGGCUGGGGUUGCAUAUGUUUCCGUUCGUCUGCUGGUGGCAUCGACACAGGCUAUCAAUUUGAUCGGAAAGCAAGGUUCAUUAAUUAAAUCUAUACAGGAGAGUACUGGUGCUUCUGCUCGUGUGUUGUCUGGAGAUGAAGUGCCAUUUUAUGCUGCUGCGGAUGAGAGGAUUGUAGAGUUGCAGGGAGAAGCCUUGAAGGUCCUUAAGGCUCUGGAAGCAGUAGUUGGCCACCUACGAAAGUUCUUGGUCGAUCAUAGUGUUCUUCCCCUUUUUGAGAAAAAAACUUACAAUGCAACAACCACACAAGACCGGCAAGCAGAUGCCUGGGCUGACAAGACAUCUCUGCAUAAUGCUUCGCAAAAUAGCAUUAGUGUUGAUGUUCCUCUUUCAACCAAAAGGGAUUCUCUUUUUGUUGAGCGUGAAACUCAUUUGGAUUCGCAACUCCCAUCCUCUGCAAUGUCACUCUACGGGCAGGAUUCUUCACUUCCUGGUGUUCGUUCUUCAACCCUUGGUCGUGGUGGGGCUCCCAUUGUUACCAAUGUGAUACAAACAAUGCAAAUACCACUAUCCUAUGCUGAGGACAUCAUUGGGAUUCAAGGGACUAAUAUUGCUUACAUUCGCCGUACCAGCGGAGCCAUACUGACGGUGCAAGAGAGCAGGGUGCCUGAUGAAAUUAUUGUGGAAAUUAAAGGCACCACAACACAAGUCCAAUUGGCACAACAGUUGAUCCAGGAAGUGAUAAGCAAUCACAAAGAGCCAGCCUCUAGCAGUUACGGUAGGUUAGAUACAGGUGGUCUGAGGUCCUCAUAUGCUCAGUUGGGGGGCAGUACAUCUUACUCGUCUUCUUCAGUUUCCUCACAGCCCUACCCAGGUUAUGGCUCUUCUGGUUUAGGAGGCUACAGUACUUUUAGGCUCUGAAGUUUUCUCUCUGAGCUCACGAGUUGCUCUAUUUGGGCUUAGUUUCUUCCUAAUCAAUGAUUUGAGGAAAACUAAUGUACUAUGACUCAAACAAUGUAUAACUGUGAUAACAAAAGCCUUUUUCCCAUUGUCUUUUAUUGUGCAUAGUUUUGUAUUGAUUUACAAGUCUUAUGGUGGCUUCCACAUUUAUAGGGUGAUUAAAUUAUAUUUUCAUGAUUAUGAUCUUUAGUUUUGCUA